UGGUGUGCUGCAGUCCUUGGGGUUGCAAAAAGUCGUACAUGACUGAGCAACUGAACUGAAUCUUGGAAAAUUACAGUGAUUUCCGGCACACUUUUAAAUGAAUUUGUGUUUUGUUGAGGGCAGUAGCACCUCCAUGAACUUUUUAAACAGUAGUUAUGUGUAGGUGUGGACCCACUGAAUCAUGGAGCAGUGCUCCGGACGGCUGGGUUUGGGAGCCCACUCCAGUAGUUCAGCACCCAGCACUGGGAUACCUGGAAGGGUUCUGUGGUUUCUGAUUGAUCCAACAGGGGGCCACUCCUGCUCCCGUCCACUGAAACUGAGGCGCACAUCCGCAUUUUUAACACCUGUGGAUACAUGGUUAUGCCUGUAUGGGUGCUGUUUGUGCUUAUAGGAAUGAUUUUUAGGCCUCUUCUCCACUUUCUAAACCUUCCUUGAUUCCCCUUUGGCUGUGUCCUUAUUGUAUUUGGGGACUCGGCGCACUUUUCAGUGCUCACCUAGAGGCAGUAGAGAGAAGGAGACUGCCUGUGUGCAGUUAAAGUUAUUGGAAACGUCCCCAGACUUCAUCUCUAGAGGCAGCCUGCCAGGUUUAAAUCCUGGUUCUGCUACUGCAUGACUUUGGACAGCUUCUUUAGUCUGAGUCCCAAUACCACGUGUAAAUUGUGAACGACUAUAGUCCUUCCCUCAUAGGGUUGCUGUGAGCGUUGAAGUCCACAUAUGUAAAGCUCAUAGAAUAAAGCCCAGCUUGUGGUGAGCACAUAUUCAACCAGUUUUAGCCGUGGUAUUGUUGAAUACAGUUUUACGUAUGUGAUGGUAAAGGUUUAUGUAGAUUGCGAAUCAGCUUUGAUUCUAUUGUGUUAUUUUCAUGUGAAGAGUUAGCUGUCUGAGUCAUAUAUUUGGAAAAGAAGUUUCACAUUACAAUGAUAAUUAUCUUUUUUCCUUUUUAAUUUUUUUUUAGGACAGGGCUUAAAACCCAUCUGGGGUAAAAAAAAAAAAAAAUUAAUUAUUUAGCUAAAAAUGGUAUUUUUUACAUGCAAUGCAUGUGGUGAAUCAGUGAAGAAGGUACAAGUGGAAAAGCACGUGGCUGUCUGCCGAAACUGUGAAUGUCUUUCCUGCAUCGACUGUGGCAAAGACUUCUGGGGUGAUGACUAUAAAAACCACGUGAAAUGCAUAAGUGAAGAUCAGAAGUAUGGUGGCAAAGGGUAUGAAGGUAAAACCCACAAAGGCGAUGUUAAACAGCAGGCAUGGAUUCAGAAAAUUCAUGAAUUAAUAAAAAGACCCAAUGUCAGCCCCAAAGUGAGGGAACUGUUAGAGCAAAUUAGUGGUUUUGACAACGUUCCCAGGAAAAGGGCAAAAUUUCAGAAUUGGAUGAAGAACAGUUUAAAAGUUCAUAAUGAAUCUAUCCUGGAGCAGGUGUGGAAUAUCUUUUCUGAAGCUUCCAGCAGUGAACCCGUCGGUAAGGGGCCAGAUCAGCAGCCGGCAGAGCCAGCGAGCAAGCCGUGUGCAGAGAGCAACCCCGAGGCCCCGCCCUCCAAAGCAAACAGCAGCGCGGGGGAGCGUGCAGAGGCCAAGAAGGAUAAGAGGGCAAGGAAGGCAGACCGGCAGCAAAGCAGGAAAAAAGAAAAGAAAGAACUAAGACUCGAAAGCCACCAGGACAAUGCAGAGAGUCAGAAGCCUAAAAAGUGCAAAGCGGCGCGGGAGGCUGAGCAGGAGGCGGCCAAUGGCUCCUCGGGGGCGAAGAGCCAGAGGAAGAAGAGCAAGGCCGAGCGCGCCCAGGACGGGGCGGUGGAUGGAGGCGCCAAGGCGGGGGAGCAGGCAGACGCCGGUCCGGGCAAAAGAAAGCGCAAGCACUCGGGAGUUGAAUCAGCUUCUAAGAAGAAAAAGAUUAAGCUCCCAGAAAAUUCUGUGGAUGGAGAACUGGAAAACCAUGAGGCUCCUGCAAAAGGCAAAUUCAACUGGAAGGGAACUAUUAAAGCAGUUCUGAAACAGGCCCCAGACCAUGAAAUAACAAUCAAGAAGCUAAGGAAAAAGGUUUUAGCUCAGUAUUAUGCGGUGACAAAUGAACAUCACAAAUCUGAAGAGGAACUCCUAGUCAUCUUCAACAAGAAAAUCAGCAAGAACCCCACCCUGAAGUUAUUAAAGGACAAGGUCAAGCUUUUAAAAUGAACAUUUUUUUAUGUAAUAAUUGAAUCCAUCCUGUUGAUCUCUUUCCUUUCACGAUUGUUUGUAAAACAUGUAGUGAAUUGUAACAACUCGAGUUUUGCUUUCCAAAGGUGUAUUUUUAAGUUAAGAAAAAAGUAUAUUUUUGGUAGAACUUCUAUGAGAAAAAUAAAAUAUAUUCUUAUCCCACGUU